AUGACAAGAAUUUGGUUCAUCACUGGCUCCUCCCGUGGCCUCGGACUUGCAAUCACUCAGGCUGCUCUCAGCAAUGGUGAUAGCGUUAUCGCCACAGCUCGCAAGCCCGAGCAACUUGCCGGGCUCGUUCAGAAAUACGGCCCUGAUCGGAUUCUCGCGCUUGCCCUUGAUGUUACCGACAAUGAUCAAGCUAUCCAAGCUGUGAAGGCUGGCCAUAAGAAAUUCGGCCGGAUCGACAUUGUCGUCAAUAAUGCCGGUUACGCAAAUACCGCUUCAGUCGAGGACAUCGAGAUCGAAGAUUUCCGCUCUCAACUUGACGCCAACCUGUUGGGCGUAGUCUACGUGACCAAGGCAGUCAUUCCUAUUCUUCGAGAACAGAGAUCUGGCCAUAUCAUCCAAGUCUCCUCACUUGGGGGACGUUUAGGGGCACCGGGCCUUUCCGCUUAUCAAUCUGCAAAGUGGGCCGUCGGUGGAUUUUCGACAGUACUGGCCAUGGAAGUAGCUCCUUUUGGUGUUAAGGUUACCGUUCUUGAGCCUGGUGGCAUCAGGACUGAUUGGGCCGGGUCAUCAAUGAAGAUUCAUCCUGUGAGCCAACCUUAUCAAAGCUCUGUUGGAGCUUUCAUCGAGGCUCAUCGGAGCUCGCCUGGAACCGAACCAUCCAUCCCAAGCAAGGUUGCAGGGAUUGUGCUCAAACUGUUGGAUGAAGCUGAGCCGCCUCUGCGCCUUCUUAUAGGGCCUGAUGCGGUCAAGUAUGGAGGACAGGCUGCACAAAGUUUGUCUGCUUCAGAUGAGAAGUGGCGCGAACUGAGCCUUUCUUCGGUAUAG